UUAAACCAAUUCGAGGAGAGCCUGCCGAGCAGGUGAUGCAUUGCUGAAUUGUUAAGCUGGUCGAGUGCCAAAGUAUUUUGGUAAUUAAGGUUAGAAAGAACGUCUAACGACAAAAGCAUGAAAUAAUUGUCAUUAGAAUUUUGUGGCCGUGCCAUUGGUUUAGUGGAGUUUGAACGACUAUUACGCUUGCGAGAAGAAAUUAUUGGACUUAAUGUUAAAAUGAUGCGAUAUAUUUCAGUAUUUCUUGGAUUAUUGGGCGUAUACUUAUUGACUCUCACAAUGACAAGCCCAGAACCCAGUCCACCUGAUCAUCAUAAUGCAGUUUAUGUGACAGUGCCCAAUGAUGAAGUCGCGAAAAAGAUUGCUCAUGGUCUGGUCAAAGAACAACUGGCUGCAUGUGUGAAUAUAAUUCCAAAAAUAACAUCUGUGUAUAUGUGGAAAGGUGAAAUAAAUGAGGAUAGCGAACUACUACUGAUGAUAAAAACAAGAACUUCUCGCAUAGAGGAUCUCACUGCAUAUGUGAAAGCCAAUCAUCCUUAUGAAGUGUGUGAAGUUAUUGCAGUACCGAUUACAGCUGGUAACAAACCAUACUUGAACUGGAUUGAUGAAGUUGUUCCUAAUAAAGCCAAACAAUAAAAAUAAUCUAAUUUCUUUUCUCUUGUUAUAUUACGCAAGACUUUGUAUUGUGUGAUUUGUGAACGAUUCAAAAUAAAAAAUUGAUGUAAGUUGUAUAUUUGUUCUUGAGUAAUUCUCCUUCCGUAUUGUCAAAACAAAACAAAAAAUUUUGUACUACAAUCCCAUAAUGAACUUGGAUAUUAGUGUUUAUUGUGAAAGUAUUAAUGCGUGAGCAAUGCAAAGAAAAUGGGAUGAAAGUGUUUAUUUUAAUCAUUAAAUGAUGUUAUAUGAGAAUAACUUUAAAUAUUUUGAUCAAGUGGCAUGAAGAGUGGCCAGAUAGUGCCCUGGUUAAAAUAAGUGUUUGUUUUUAUGGAAAAUUGCUUAGUUGAUGUCUUGGAGGUAAUUCGUUGUGCUGUGGAAGUCAAUUUCUGUCAAGUACUACACCAACUUCAAGUUUUUGAACAUGUAAAACAUCCAUGUUUGACACACCUAUUUGAUAUAUUGUUUAAUUGUGCAGGGUUAGUAACAAUUGUGAAGUACAACAAAAUUCAUGAGUUUCAGUGAAACAGAGCUGACAUUCUAGAAGAACUAAUCAGAGUUGAAAUUCAUUGGGAGAAAACAUUCAAAAUAACAAUUCUUUCUUGUCAUGAUAAAAGUGCCUAAUUUAAAGAAAAAAUUUAACUACUCCAUUGCUAUUUAAUUAAAUUGAAAAAACUUACAAAAAAUUAUAACAAUAUGAAUUUUGGCAGUUGUUGAUGUGUUUGAGACAUUGUUAUGAUUUUAACAAUGUAUAUAUUUUUAAUAAGUAUACAUUUAUAUUUUUUAUUGACUUUGGUGAAAUUUGUACUGUUGGUGUUUAUGAAUCUGUUAUUCUUUUUAUUAAAAUUUUAUUGAAAUGAAUUCAAUGCAUUUUAAUAUCAGGUUGAAAUAUCAAAUGUUGAGGAAUGGUUGAAUAUGUGGGAGAUGAAAUAUUGUAAUGAGAAUUUGGGCAGCAGUUACAUCCUGUCAUGACAAAUGCUUCUGGGAUGUAAACCUGAAAACAUGAAUUUAGAAAGUAAUUGCUACUAAAGAGAAAGAAGGAAGUUGUAAAAAACAUUAUAAUUUUUCUAUUACAACUGAGCAAAAGGAAGAAAUGGCUCAUGAAAGACAAGAUCAUGACAAUAGUGUGUUACAUUGGAAAACAAAACGAAGAAAAAAUAUCAGUGAAAGCAACGUAGAUGACCGCUACGCUUCGCCCAUAAACUUGUGGAUGCGAUGCCAGCAAUGGCGAAGAACCUGUCAAAGUUGUGAACUGGUUGUGAAUUGCACCUUGAAGGGCUUUAAUUGUGAAGGCAUUUGCCGAUUUGUCCGACGACGGCUUGGAGACAACUUGAAGUGGUGUGAAUCUCCAAUCAACUAUAUUCUCAAUAUGAGUGAGUUUCCAUUUCUAAAUGUGUGUCUGAAUGAGAAACUUGGUGAAAGCAGCCAGUCCAGUGUAAAUUCCAAUGUUCAAAGUGAUGACAGUGUGAAUAGUGAUGGUGAGGAUGAAUUUUAUUUUGAAUCUGACCAUGUUGCUUUAAAAAAUAAUAAAGAUUAUCGUGAGCUAUUGAAAACUGUGGCAAUAUUAGAAGCUCAAAGAUACAGAGCCCUGAAGGAUAUAGAUACAAUAAUUUCUCUGAAGAAACAAGUUAAAGAAAAUCCUAUAAAAUUUGUGGAAAUGCUAACAAAUGGAACCAUUCAAAUUCCUGAGCCACAGAUAAUUCCUCCUAUGCCUAAUAUUGAUUGGAAUCAAUAUAAUAUUCCUAACGCAGAUGUCAAUAAGACAUCAGCAGAAAUGCCGAAAACAGAUACUGCAUCACAUGAUCCAACAAAAUCCAAAAUGCUUGUUAGAGGGAGAGUAUUUGAUGAAAGUAAACCCGAAACAUUUAAUCAACUGUGGACUGUUGAGGAGCAGCAACGCUUAGAAGAGCUGUUGAUUAAAUAUCCUCCAGAAGAAGUGGAAACCAAUAGGUGGAGGAAGAUAGCAGCUGAAUUAGGUAACAGGACAGCAAAGCAAGUGUGCAGUAGGGUGCAGAAAUAUUUCCUGAAAUUGCAGAAGGCAGGCCUGCCAGUGCCAGGGCGAGCGCCAAAAGCUCAUGCACAAGCUGAAUUGGGGAAAAGAUCGGCUUAUCCGUAUCAACGACGUUUUUCACGCCCAACUACAUUCUUCCCCAGUCAAGAUGUUCCUGUGCCUUUAGCAGAACUGGAAGAUACAUCCUCUGUAGUGCAGUCUCCUAGCACUUCCUUCUACGACCUCAACGUGAAAACGGAAAUAAGUGGUGGUUUAAAUUUAAUCAGUGGCUGUGAAGACAGUGUUGCAAAUGAGAAAGUUAAGAAUAUCCAGAGUUCUCGAAAACUGGAUUUGUUGCGUAAAGUUCUUGAAGUGAAGGAACAAAAUGAUUAUCAUCAUUUGAGACACAUUGGUUUUAAAUGUGAUUUUUGUAAUGAUGAGCCAAUCACUGGUGUCUUGUGGACCUGUGUUGUGUGUCCUGCUGUGGAUUUUUGCACAGAUUGUGUGGUUGCCCAAUUAGAUUCUUCCAAUCCACAUCCUUUAUCACAUAAUAUUAUUCCUGUAAAGGAAAUCGGAGUGACUAAAGUUAUAGAGUUGCCACCAGAUUCGAAUUUUGAUGAGAUUCUACCACACUUGGCUUAUCAGUCUCCUGACAUCACCACAAAUGUGCGCCGUCCACCAAAGAAGAAAUGGCAACAACUCGAAGAUAGCGACAGUGGUACAAAUGUAAAAUUAGAAAAUAUUCCAAAACCUCCUCCGGAACCUUUGCCCGAAGAUGAAUUUGAUCUCUUUGGUCGUCAUGUUGCUGGUCAGUUGAGACAAAUGAAUAUUGUUCGAUCUCUUAGAAUUCAAACAAAGAUUCAGUACCUGAUUUAUAAAGAGCGAAUGGAGGAACUUCAGGUGACAGAUGUGAUCCAUGAUUUCUCAGAAUGACCUGCUUUGAGUGACAUUUUUGCAAUCGGAGCUAGUGAAUGUGUUCCCUUGACCUCCGUUGUACCAGAGAGUGAUAUUUUACCCCGUGCCAUUGCUUCGUGUUUUGGUGUGACCUUUGAUAUGUGACUCAAGUUUUGUGUAAAUAUGUAUAGAGAAUGUGUUCAGGUAAUAAAACAUUUUUCUUCUCUUCAGUGCACAUCUUCAUAAAUAAUCUUUUAUUUUCCAUGUGCUCUUUGUGAUGCCCAUUCAAGAAAUAGACCAACAAACCUGUAAUAUUUUGAAUUUUGG